GAUACCGAUGGGAGCACCAUGAGUGGAUACCAGCAGGACCAAACUCAGAUGGCGGACAGCCACCGUCUGAAUGGAACCGCAACUCUGGAACUGCAAGACGGGGAGAUGAACGGACCUCUGUUUGAAUCCAGAGUAUUUAAUAUCGUCAUCAUUACCCUGGCCUUGUGUGUCCUUAUUAUCACUGGCCUGUACUGCGUUUCUGUUUGCUACAGCCGCACCAGGCAGUCAAAGAGAGCCCAUGUAUAUGAGAGUGCUGUGACCCGUGGGGAGCCAGCAGACCCAGUGGCGGUCAAAGCCGUGAAGAGGUCAACCAGUUUCAUCAACCCUCUCGCCUUCUUCAAGAAACCAGAGACAACCAAGGACAACUCCAGGAUCUACUACAUCUACAGUAACCCGCUGCCUGUAGGACUGAAGGAGGAAGAAGAGGAGGGCCGAAAUAGGGCCAGAUGUGAAAUGGAGGAGCAGAGCACUCUGUCAACACCUCUGUCUCUGAGAGAGUAUGCCAAAGACCCCUACAGCGGCCUUGUCCUGGACCCUCCGAUAUUUUACAUGCAGCUUUAGAGGGCUGACGGGAAAAGUUGUAAUGAGGUUAGUUAGGGACAGCUGUCUGUGUGGUCUGUGGUUUGACCGCUGAGGCUCUGGCUUUCAAAAGAUAUCAGCAAGUACAGCUUAUUAAAGGGUAGUAAAUCAGUUUUUCUGUUUUAAAUCAGUUUGAUGGUAGUGUCUUCUGUAGCUCUGGAUGGGUCUGAAAAUGAACUCUGAUAAACAAACAUAAUGACAAUAUG